AUGCGCGCUUGGGCUGGGAUCCUGGACGCGGAAGCAGCGAGAAGAAUCCGCGAGGAGGCGGCGGCAGCAGCGAGCAGGGAGACAUCCCGGAGCGAGCGGCGGAGAAUCCGGGAGCAUCGGCGGGGAAUCCGGGAGCAUGGCGGAAGCUGAUAUAGCCCUGAUUGGACUGGCCGUCAUGGGCCAGAAUAUCGUCCUGAAUAUGAACGACCAUGGCUUUGUGGUGUGCGCGUUCAACCGCACAGUCUCAAAAGUGGACGAGUUCCUGGCCAAUGAAGCUAAGGGCACGAAGGUGGUGGGUGCCCACUCGCUGGAGGAGAUGGUGGCUAAACUGAAGAAGCCGCGUCGCAUUGUGCUGCUUGUGAAGGCUGGGCAGGCCGUGGAUGACUUCAUUGACAAGCUGACACCUCUGUUGGAAAAAGGUGACAUCAUCAUUGACGGAGGGAACUCCGAGUACAACGACACCAAUAGGAGGUGCAAAGCCCUCAAGUCCAAAGGCUUCCUGUUCGUGGGCAGCGGGGUGAGCGGCGGCGAGGAGGGAGCUCGCUACGGCCCCUCGCUCAUGCCUGGAGGGUGCGCCGAGGCCUGGCCUCACAUUAAGGACAUCUUUCAGAGCAUUGCAGCGAAAGUCGGGACGGGCGAGCCCUGCUGCGAUUGGGUUGGGGAGGAUGGGGCCGGCCACUUUGUGAAGAUGGUUCAUAACGGCAUCGAGUACGGUGACAUGCAGCUCAUCUGUGAGGCCUACCACCUGAUGAAGGACGUGCUGGGGAUGAACCACGAUGAAAUGGCGGAGGCAUUCGAAGAGUGGAACAAAACAGAGUUGGACAGCUUCCUAAUUGAAAUCACCGCCAACAUUCUCAAGUACCGUGAUACGGAUGGGAAACCGCUGGUCCCCAAGAUCCGCGACUCAGCCGGGCAGAAGGGCACUGGGAAGUGGACCGCGAUCUCCUCGCUGGAGUUCGGGGUGCCCGUCACGCUCAUUGGGGAGUCGGUGUUUGCGCGCUGCCUCUCGGCCCUCAAGAACGAGCGAGUUGUGGCCAGCCAGCUGCUCCCUGGCCCCAAGAGCACGGAGUUCAAGGGAGACAAGAAGAAGUUUCUUGAAGACGUCCGCAAGGCCCUGUAUGCAUCCAAGAUCAUCUCGUAUGCCCAGGGCUUCAUGCUGUUCCGGCAGGCUGCCGUUGAAUUUGGCUGGUGUCUGAACUAUGGGGGCAUUGCUCUCAUGUGGCGUGGAGGAUGCAUUAUUCGCAGCGUGUUCCUGGGGAAAAUCAAGGAAGCUUUUGACAGAAACCCCAAAUUACAGAAUCUCUUGUUGGAUGACUUCUUCAAGGAUGCUAUUAAAGAUUGUCAGGAGUCUUGGCGCAGGGUGGUAGGAACAGGGGUUCAACUUGGCAUUCCAAUGCCUUGCUUCAGCACCGCCCUGGCGUUUUACGACGGCUACAGGCAGGGCGUGCUGCCGGCCAACCUCAUUCAGGCACAGAGGGACUACUUUGGCGCCCACACCUACGAACUUCUGAGCAAACCGGGAAGCUUCGUGCACACCAACUGGACGGGCCACGGUGGCUCCGUCUCUUCGUCCGCGUACAACGCUUGAGGCCUCCUGCACGCGGCCACUCGUGCUGCUCGAGCCGGCGGUUGUGGAGAACAUGCGCAGAAUUCUCAUUUUCUUAGAUGGCUUCUCGUUAAUUUGUUCCAUGUGCAGUCUUGCGUAAACCAUUUCAUUGUCCAGGGAUAUAACUGUGACGAGGUGAAUGAGCAAAGGUAGCCGCCACACAUUGGCCUCAAGUGUAAGCCUCUUGUUGGUCCCAUUUGUUUUAAUUGCUCAAAUAUAAAGGUUUUCUGAACAUAAUGGAAACGGUGGAAACUGAUGGGAUUAAGAAGUGCUUUGUAAUGUGCGUACAAUCAAGGAAUGUUUUUAGUUACAUUGGUUAAGUGUUGACAUGUGUGUGAUGCGUUUUUUGAUGUUUGUAGUGUUUGGUUAUUGACAGGGUGAGGGUCACAACACGACAGCACUUGAGUUUUACAGCCUUGAUUUAGCCAAUCGGGGAGCGUGAUACGAGUCUAAUGCUCAUCCUGCACCGAGUAGGCUGGUGAACGUUUAAAACAAGGGGUGCGAGUACUUGAGCUUCAGAACUGCUGUUUAAUUGCACUGAUUUCACGUGAAGGAUAUUCUACAUCUCAUUCCUCUCAAUAAAUUUAAAAUGCACUGCUCUUCAUUUGUGGAAGGUUGAUGGACUGGUCUCCCACAAUGUGUAUAAAUCAUACUCUUUGGUUCUUUCGGUAAAGUCACGUAGAAAACUAAUAAUAAAAAAGUGAAUAAAAAUAAUAAAAACCACU